UAACUAUGGCUGCACAAGAACUCCUCUCGUCUGACCGCUCGGCAUAAACAGGCGUGUGUGGAUCAUUACGGGUACUCCACAGAUAUUAUUCCAAAAUGAGCACCAAGGAAAAUGCUGACAGUGCAAAGAGGAUUAAGCUUGAUGUUCGGGAAAAUAUACUUUUUGGUAUGGGUAACCCCUUGCUAGAUAUAUGUGUCAACACCAAAGAGGACUUCCUGGAAAAAUAUGGACUGGAGCCAAACAACGCAAUCCUCGCCGAGGAUAAACACCAGCCAAUGUACAAAGAGAUGGCGGAGAUGGACAAUGUAGAGUAUAUCGCUGGUGGAGCCACCCAGAACUCCAUGCGUGUUGCACAGUGGAUAUUGCGGAAGCCCCGUUGUACUACAUUUAUGGGAUCGGUUGGUAAAGACGAAUUCAGUGAAACUUUAGAGAAGAAAGCCAAAGCGGACGGGGUGGAUGUUCGCUACCAGAAACAAGAAGAUCAUCCCACUGGAACUUGUGCAGUUGUAGUGACAAAGAAUGGGAUGUGCAGGUCACUUGUAGCUAACCUUGCUGCUGCCAAUCAUUUUACCAAGUCCCACUUGAACAUUACCGAGAACAUGUCCUUAUUGGAAGCUGCCAAGUUUUAUUACAUCUCUGGUUUCUUCUUGACUGUGUCACCCAAGUCUAUCUUAAUGGUCGGCGAACAUGCGUGUACAAAUAAUAAAAUGUUCUGCAUGAACCUUUCUGCACCAUUCCUUUGUGAAUUCUUCAAGGAGCCUAUGAUGCAAGCUUUCCCUUACAUUGAUGUCCUCUUUAGCAAUGAAACAGAAGCAGCAAAAUUUUCCGAAGUCCAGGGGUUAGGUUCAACAGAUGUUAAGGAGAUCGCUCUCCAGGUUGCAGCACUCCCCAAAAAGAACAAAAAGCGUGAACGUAUUGUUGUAUUUACUCAGGGUGCUGACAAUGUCAUUCUCGCUAAGGAUGGGAAGAUCACAGAGUUUCCAGCAACUAGAUUGUCGGAGGAAAAUUUAAUUGAUACUAACGGUGCCGGUGAUGCUUUUGUUGGAGGUUUCUUAUCGCAGUUGGUCCAAUCCAAGAGCAUAGAUGCCUGUGUCAAGUGUGGUAUCUGGGCAGCCACGAAGAUCAUCCAGAGACCAGGCUGUAGUUUUUCACCAGAUGUUCAAUACCGUGACUAAGGAAACAUUCUCCUAACCCAAUAAAUUUUUCUCUGCUUUUGCAUCAAUCGAAA